UCGAUUCCCACCCGGUAUCCAGUAAGGGUCCUGGCUAUACCCCCCAUGCUAAAAACCAGCCCUGGAGUGGCGCAGCUACGUCCGCAGUUCAGGACACAAGCAUUUCACUGCAUGUUCACUAUAUGUUGUACUGUGUAUAUGACAAACAAAAUUUGCAUUAUUGUAGAGUGGAAAGUCUGCCUAGUCUGAGUACACCCUACAUUGUCCUAUUAUUAAUGGCCCCUUUUACUUUCUGUCUAAGAUUAAGCCAUGGGUGACUGGUCCAUACUUGGUCGCUUUCUGUCUGAAGUCCAGAACCACUCUACAGUGAUAGGCAAGAUCUGGCUCACUAUGCUGCUCAUUUUCCGUAUUCUGCUGGUAGCCUUGGUGGGUGAUGCUGUCUACAGUGACGAGCAGUCCAAAUUCACCUGUAACACCCAACAGCCUGGAUGCAACAACGUCUGUUAUGACACAUUUGCUCCUGUUUCACAUCUACGGUUCUGGGUCUUCCAAAUUGUACUCGUCUCUACUCCAUCUAUUUUCUACAUAGUUUUUGUACUGCAUAAGAUUGCUAAGGAUGAGAAGCUUGAUGGACAGAGGACACAGCUGCUAUCCCAGAGAAUUCCCAAGCAAAGGUCUGGGGAAAUUAGGAAAGAUGGCAUGGAAGCACUAAAGGUCAACAUCCCCACUUACUACCCUCAUUACAGUGGGGAAUGGAAUACAAGUGAGAGGGAAGAUAUAAAGAAAAGCCUUCUGGAAGAAGCUUAUGAUGAAAUGGGAGAGGACCCCACCCAGCAGUCCAACCAGAUUCUUCUUAUUUACAUUCUUCAUGUAUUACUACGAUCUGUACUGGAGAUCACCUUCCUGGUGGGCCAGUACUUCUUGUUUGGGUUUGAAGUGCCUCACCUGUAUCGCUGUGACUCGUAUCCUUGCCCUACUCGUACAGACUGCUUUGUAUCACGUGCCACUGAGAAGACCAUCUUCCUGAACUUUAUGUUCAGCAUCAGCUUGGGCUGUUUCAUCCUUAACAUUGCAGAGCUCCACUACCUGGGGUGGAUUUAUAUUUUUCGCAUACUCUGCUCAGCUUGCUCCACCUGCUGCCGUCAGGAGCAGAAUCCUGUCAAAUUAUACUCAAACCAUAACCCCCUGAUGCUGCAGCUCAGGCAUUCUGUGAGGGGUCAGGUGUUUCUGCAGACUCCAACAACCAUCGCGCAGGAAAAGAAAGGAAGCCUACUUGGACAUGCCCCAGCUAUCUCAUUUGAAACAGACUCAACUGUGGAAUGCACCUCCAAGAGAAGUCCAGACAGCAAAGACAAAGUAAAAGUUAAACUGGCUAAUAUGGCCAGGCUGGGAUGGACUAGGAAGUCUUGGCUAUGA